UAUCAUGACACUGUAAUUUCGUUCAUAGUUCGAAUAAAACGAGAAAAUCCACAUAAGAUUUGAUAAAGAUCAAGGCAAAGCAUUUUGUGACAAAACAGCCUUUGGUAAUUAUUUUCCUGCGUAAUACUCACAUGUGGUUUUUACCAUUUUACUGGCUGAUUUUCCAAUAUCUUUGGAGUAAGGGAUUUUAUUCAGCACAUGCUAUAAGCUGCUACCAGUGUGCUACCGAUCAGCUCCCAUACGAUGCCGACCGCUGCGGUGCUUCUCGGAAAUUUCAACCGGAAGAGCACGCGUUGGUAGACUGUGGAUCCGAGGACGCUGUUUCUCCUGGAGCUAUGUGUCUGAAAUAUACGCAACUCAGCCCGCGAGCUUUUAUAUGGGAUAAGCGAUGGAAAAGCGUUAUUCGACGAUGUGCCCAAAUCUCUGCGCAUGGUCAUAUCCAAGGCUGCGAAUGGGGUUUUGACUCUCGCGGAACAUAUUGGGAGCAGUGUUAUUGUACGCGGGAUGGAUGUAAUGCAGCAGCUGCUCCGGCCUGCUCCCGAUUGAACUUAUUUUGCGGUUUUUGUAUUUAUAUUCUGUUUUUAAUUUCAAUGUAAUGUUCAAUGUGGUUAAUCGGUUUAUUCCACCCAGAUCAACGGAAACAUUAAACAGCAACC